UCCAGCCUGAUUCGCUAGGCCGGCCGUCCGACAGCCCAGGCCGAGCUUCCCUCUGCGCUUGGACCGUGGCCGCGUCCCUAAAUAGCAGGCAUGAGGCUCCCGGGCGCAGUGUCCUCGAGGGCCAGCGGCGGUCAGGACGCACCUGCGCCUAGCGUGUGCUCGGGUGGGAGUCGCUGCCCGGAGCGCAGAACCCAGGCUGGGUGCUCGACAGCGCACAGAAGGCGAGAUUCCUAGCGGGGACCCAGCAGGAGCCAGCGCCUGCCCGCGCAGGAUGAAGGGGGACCUGGCGCUCGCGGGUGCUCUCCUGGGCCUGGCCUUCCUGUCGCUGCUGCCGCCCGGACGGCCCCAGCAGACUGCGGACGACGCCUGCUCCGUGCAGAUCCUCGUCCCCGGCCUCAAAGGGGACGCAGGAGAGAAGGGAGACAAAGGCGCCCCAGGACGGCCAGGGAGAGUCGGCCCCACGGGAGAAAAAGGAGACAUGGGGGACAAAGGACAGAAAGGCAGUGUGGGUCGCCAUGGAAAGAUUGGUCCCAUUGGCUCGAAAGGUGAGAAAGGAGACACUGGUGACAUAGGACCCCCUGGCCCUAAUGGAGAACCAGGCAUCCCGUGCGAGUGCAGCCAGCUGCGCAAGGCCAUCGGGGAGAUGGACAACCAGGUGUCCCAGCUGACCACCGAGCUCAAGUUCAUCAAGAACGCUGUCGCCGGCGUGCGCGAGACGGACAGCAAGAUCUACCUGCUGGUGAAGGAGGAGAAGAGGUACGCGGACGCGCAGCUGUCCUGCCAGGGCCGUGGCGGCACGCUGGGCAUGCCCAAGGACGAGGCCGCCAACGGGCUCAUGGCCGCGUACGUGGCGCAGGCCGGCCUGGCGCGCGUCUUCAUCGGCAUCAACGACCUGGAGCGCGAGGGCGCCUUCGUGUACUCGGACCGCUCGCCCAUGCAGACCUUCAACAAGUGGCGCAGCGGCGAGCCCAACAACGCCUACGACGAGGAGGACUGCGUGGAGAUGGUGGCCUCGGGCGGCUGGAACGACGUGGCCUGCCACGUCACCAUGUACUUCAUGUGCGAGUUCGACAAGGAGAGCGUGUGAGCGCGCCCGGGCGCGGCGAGGUCCUGCUGGCCGUGGCAGGUGGCCGUGGCGCCGCCGGGGCUGUCCCUAACUCCGCAAGGAAGGAGGCU